GAACAAGACCUCUCAAGGUGAAGGAUAACCUACUAUACCAGCACUUUGAAUGAAAAUUUGUUUCUCUGCCACAAACUGAACACUUUUUUUUUCCUCCGGUGUGUGUGGGGGGAAGUUGAAACACAAAUCUAACUGUGGCAUAGCAGCUAUGCAGCUUGAAAUCCAAGUAGCACUAAAUUUUAUUAUUUCGUAUUUGUACAAUAAGCUACCCAGGAGACGUGUCAACAUUUUUGGUGAAGAGCUUGAAAGACUUCUUAAGAAGAAAUAUGAAGGGCACUGGUAUCCUGAAAAGCCAUACAAAGGAUCAGGGUUUAGAUGUAUACACAUCGGGGAGAAGGUGGACCCCGUGAUUGAACAAGCGUCCAAGGAGAGCGGUUUGGACAUUGACGACGUGCGUGGCAAUCUGCCACAGGAUCUCAGUGUGUGGAUCGACCCGUUUGAGGUUUCCUACCAGAUUGGUGAGAAGGGACCAGUGAAGGUGCUCUAUGUGGAUGACAAUAAUGAAAACGGAUGUGAGUUGGAUAAGGAGAUCAAAAACAGCUUUAACCCAGAGGCGCAGGUUUUUAUGCCCAUCAGUGACCCAGCCUCGUCAGUGUCCAGCUCUCCAUCGCCUCCCUUUGGUCACUCUGCUGCUGUCAGCCCGACUUUCAUGCCCCGGUCCACUCAGCCUUUAACCUUUACCACUGCCACUUUUGCUGCCACCAAGUUCGGCUCUACCAAAAUGAAGAAUAGUGGCCGGAGCAACAAGGUUGCACGUACUUCUCCUAUCAACCUUGGCUUGAAUGUGAAUGACCUCUUGAAGCAGAAAGCCAUCUCUUCCUCAAUGCACUCUCUCUAUGGGCUUGGCCUGGGUAGCCAGCAGCCGCAGCAACAGCAGCCCUCCCAGCCGCCGCCACCACCACCACAGCAGCAGCAGCAACAGCAGAAAACCUCUGCUCUUUCUCCUAAUGCCAAGGAAUUUGUUUUUCCUAAUAUGCAGGGUCAAGGUAGUAGUACCAACGGAAUGUUCCCAGGUGACAGCCCCCUUAACCUCAGUCCUCUUCAGUACAGUAAUGCCUUUGACGUGUUUGCGGCCUACGGAGGCCUCAACGAGAAGUCUUUUGUAGAUGGCUUGAAUUUUAGCUUAAAUAACAUGCAGUAUUCUAACCAGCAAUUCCAGCCAGUUAUGGCUAACUAAAAAAAGAAGAAAAAAAAUGUCGUAAAAGUUAAAAGUACAAGUUAAAAUGCUUGGGCCCAAGGAGGGUUUUUUUUUUUCACCUCCUUGAGAUUUUUUUUUUUAAGCGUAUAGUAAAGAUACAUUCAAGCUUGGUUACAAAAAUAAAACAUGCAUCAUUUUUCAUUUGCCAACCAAGCACAAAGUUAUUUUAUACUGACUGUAUAUUUUAAAGCAUACUCCCAGAUAUACAGUAUGGCCUCUUACAGUAUUUAAGAUAUAGCAAGGACAUGGCUGAUUUUUUUCUUUUUAUAAAAAAUUGGCACUAAUAAGUGGGUUUAUUGGUCUUUUCUAAUUGUAUAAUUUAAUUUAGUACAAAGUUUGUAAAAUAUCAGAGGAUAUAUAUAUUGUUUCUACGACAUGGUAUGCAUUUAUAUCUUUUUACUACAGUGAUCUGUGACAGCAGCAGCUUCAUGUUGUAUUUUUUUUACUGAAAUUGUAAAAUAUCCAUCUUAAAGACAUCAACUAUUCUAAAAAUUGUGUACAGGAUAUUCCUUUAGUGGUGGAAUUAAAAUGUACGAAUAUUUGCUUUUUCAAAAAAUGUAUUUUCUGUUAAAGGUUUAAAGAUUUUUGCUAUAUAUUAUGGAAGAAAAUGUAAUCGUAAAUAUUAAUUUUGUACCUAUAUUGUGCAAUACUUGAAAAAAUGGUAUAAAAGUAUUUUGAGUCAGUGUCUUACAUGUUAAGAGGGACUGAAAUAGUUUAUAUUAAGUUUGUAUUAAAAUUCUUUAAAAUUAAAAA